AUGAACGGCACAUACAUAAAUUAUAUGCGCGUUUCGGGAGGCGUCACUCUCAAACACGGCGAUAUAGUAUGCUUCGGCCACCUGAAUGGAGCGAAUCUGAAGCCCGGCGAGGACGUUGCUCCUUUUUUCUCCGAUCUUAAGUACCAGGUAAGGUGACCGUUCCUAACCAUACCCGUAUGCCGUAAACCUACCAGAUCCCAUUUGCGUUGCACCUUGUUGGCUCUGAUCGUCGCAGCCCGGCGCCGAUGAGUCUCGCAGGCGCUUUCUUAAUGCGUAAAUCUCAAUUCAUACCCUCUAGCCACGACUAAGCCAUUAUUUGAGACAUAUGCACGUAUGUAUCCUGUUCGUGAUCUUUAUUUUUGCACAAACGAGGCAGCAAUGCUUUUCCUACUUAUUCCAUUUGAUACCGGAAUCGGCUCUCGCCGCAUAUAGUCGCGUUUAUUCAACAUUCUAACGGAAGUUCUGUUAUGUAAGUAGCUCGCUGACUCUGGUGGCCCUCCCACUGCCUGUGUUCCCCACAUUGGUGGAUUUUUGCUAGUUAUAAACAGUUUGUCGUUGGCCAUAACCUGCGACCCUAAUAAGGGUAAGACGUAUUUCCGGUAACACCCGGUUCGUCAACCCACAUAACUUCUGGUUUGGCAGUAAGGUUUUACAAAGGAUUGCUUGUCAAUUGAUGGCAAUUUAGUCCCUAUACGGGAGUUGUUUUAUAUUUGACAGAGCUAGGUACCUAUAGCUAGGCGCAGUUAACUUGCAGUGCCUGCCUGCUUUUCGACACCUUCCCUGUGCGGCAUGUUUGCCGGGGCCAGCCUAGGUUUACAUUGAAACAGGACACAGUAAAAUUGUAUAUGCAUGUUAUGUAGCCUAUGGCGGGCAGACGUACUGGUGUUGUCUGCGUAAAAAACGCUUGAUCGCCUGACCUAUAGCGUUCCAGUCAAUUGCUUGGCGUGCUUUAGACCCCCCCUCCAAGUAAUAGCCGCCCCUUAUUUUGAUGAGGCAAUAUUUUUACCGUAGACACCGACGGCGAUCUGUGUGUUGCCUAUCAACUAUCUCAGCCGUUUAAAGAAGGUGCUAUAGGCUCUUUCAGAUCCAGUAUAACCUCUAGCCUUAUCUUCACAGGUGAUUGUUCUUGGCAUUCAAUUGGGGCAAGGGAUUUGCGGAAAAAUACUAGAAACAAAUCACUUAUGCUAUACGAAAGCAGUUGAUCACUAGGGGUGUGCUCUGCUGUAUUCACCGAAGAUGCCAUGGUAGGGAGUCAUUAGGAGCUCAUCUCCGAGAUCAUAUUCGGGAAUCGGCGCUUGGGUGGUUGGGACGCCGGUCCUCAGCACUGGUAUCACCGUCAUUGCUGUUUCCCAGUCCGCAAAUUUCAAAGCUGACUUCCACUAAAGAGGGAUUAACUAUACGUCUUACACGAACGUCCCAGGUAGCCAGGUGCUAGGACUUCAUAGUUUUCUAACAAGUCUCACUUGUCCUAAACUUAAGGGCUGGUGUGAUUACUGCCACCUAAAUAACAGCGUCUUUGUAGGGUUGCUUCUGUAAUAUGCGGUGCCCGUGUUGUGCUUUUUAGAGCGGUGUCAAGGUAAUUCCAUUCCCACUUGAAAAAAUGUGUCGUCAGUGGACCCGCGAAUAACGCGGUUCCCCGCUAGGGCGUCCUGCAAACGGAUAAAUCUUGCAUUCAGCCACAUCCGGAGGGCUUCGUUACCAUGCAACCCAAUCGAUAACAUGAAUAACAAGAGUGGAAAUGGCAAAUUUAUUGCUCGGUUGACGGGUUGAACAAAACUGUUUUCUAGUUUGGAACGGGUGUGAUCUAGGUCGUUCUUUUGGGGUUUUCAGAGAUAUGACAAUACACCAAUCUUUACCUGAGAUCAUAUUGAAAUGUAUAUUCAGAAAAAUCGUAUCGUAUGCGUUGUUCGACUUGGUUUGAUACGACUUCGAUCAAGUCUAGUCUGGCCGGCCUCACUUUUCACGAGGUGUCUGGAGUUUUCGGUGUAGGCUUGUUCUCAGUAGUUGUGCGGAUUGUUUUGCCGAGGUUCUCUCCUACGCUUUGACUCAUUAGGGCUUGAAUGCAAGGUACUGGUGUUGAGUGAACGCAUUUAGGUCAUAUUCAUAGUCACCGUAUCACAGAGCCAUCAUGGGACAUGGUUUUACAGGGUAGUCGUACCUCUGCACGCAGGUAGCACUAUCGCUUCCGGUCCCCCGACAAAUUCUUCCCUAGAGAUAGAAUUGCUUGCUUCGCAGCUCCUUUUCGUCGAAAAUGGAUCCAGUAUCUGGUCUAGGGUAGCUGGCAGACAGACCUACGGACCGACGCGUCCUGUUCCCACAUAGCCCGUUACUCCGUGGUCGGAUGCCUUUUCAACUGCGCAGUCGACUCGGUAUUCGCGGAGUCUAGGCACCACAGUUGCCCCGUAAUAACUGAAGUCCGCGAAUACAUGAUACCCCUUUAAAACGCUUCUAACUGCCUAUUAUAAUGUCCUAGUACCAAAUGGACCUCAGACUAUGGCUCUAAAACACUUUGCUAUUAUUUGCUGAGUUUAAAUUAAUAGUUGAGAAUUAGCAAACAUUGUCUAUCAAAAAAGUCUCAUAAGUCACGAAAACGAAUAAAAGUAAUUAAUAAAUGUCUUAGAUAUGUUCUACGAAGAAAAUCUACUAUUAAACCGCGAAUAAGCAGAUGCUAACUGUACUGUAAAUUACGGAAUCCGCACUAGGACUGACGAUCCGCAUGCAGUGGAGAAAAUAAGUUCUGUUUCUUCUAUGCGUACAGUUUACUCGAAAUAUAUUAUAUCUUGCACUCUCUGCAAGCCUCAUAUCUCUGUAAAAACCAAAAUUAUCUCCAAUUGUCUCAGGCUGACCAAUUAUUUAGUUUGAGAAGUUUGUGCCUCUCACGUUAUACACUUAUCCGACGCUGAAUCCACCCAACACUUUGGUAGUAAAACUGCGGCAGAGCUUCCAAUGCCGAAAACUAAUUCAUGUGAUGCAUGCACAUAGUGGCGUCUCCCAUUACCUAGCGCACCAUCAUAAACACUUAUGCUUUCUGUGCACUCAAGGUCUACCUGGGCAACCCAAACCAGACCAAGGAUUCCACCGUUCCAGAUUCAACACCUGCCACUGUUGGCAAGAGACAAAGGCAGACUAGCCAGUCAGGAAGCCUCGGUUCACCCAAGGCUGGUGAUACGGGCUCGCCGGAAACCAAAGUGUCGCGUUCGACCAACAAGAAGACCACCAAUUCACACAAGUCUCGUCGCCUCGAGCCUCAGGACCGCAAGGCUGAGCAUGACGAUGAGGAGGCAGGUGACAAAAGCAGCAGUAGUGAAGAUGAUCUUCUGACUGCCGCCUCAAAACGCAAGCUGCCAACGUCCAAUCUGAGCAGUUCCAUUAAGCAGCAGAAGAAGAGCAACGGUGAACGCCAAACCAAGCGACAUUCAGUGGCCCCCUCCUCCCCACCACCAUCGUCGCACUCGAAGAAGUCCUCCUCCAGCGGCGGCGGAGGCCAUCAGCACCAUGGGACAAAAGAACGCAAGUCUGGCCGUUCAACAGGUACCUCAUCCUCGUCAGCCGCCAAGCGCAGCAAAACUGAAAACGAUGCUGAGCUGGACAGCGGAGGCGAACUGUAUCACUACGACACUGAGGAGUGUUCUGCCCGCCCCUGCAAGCACCCACAGGACGUUUCGAUCGACUGGAUUCAGUGUGACAAGUGUUCCAAUUGGUACCACCAGGUCUGUCUCGGCCUGAGGGCAUCCGAAGCCAAUGUGGACGUUUACUACUGUCCCUACUGCAAGAAGAAUUAG